CCAAAAAGACGACUUUUUGUGACCACUAUCGGGUAACUACUUUAUAUUCUCAGAUAUUAUGUAAAAAUAUUAUAAAAAUCUUGUCUCAAACUCGUCAAGUGUGAAACUUGCAAAUUUUCAAGUAUUUUGAAAAAAACCCGAAAAUUUGUGACCAUUGUUGGCAUUGUUGUAAGCCAACCAGCUCACGCGUAACACUCACGUCUAGAAGGAGGAAAUCUGUCUUGUCCAAUCACAUCGCUCGUAGCAUUCACUCUUACUUUGCAAGAUGGACGCGUAUACGUCCUCGUCUUUGUCAUCAGAAACGGACGAUUCUGAUGGAAAAACGUCCUCAUACUGUUUUAUUCAUGUUAUCCAGACUCACGGAAGGGUAAUUCCAUUUUCUGAGAAGAGUUUUAAGAAGUUUUUAGAGUGCUCUAUUUUGUGGGGGAAGAUAGAGGAUCGUCCAGAAAGUAUCGUCGCAGCCAAGGCAGAUGGACUCCGAUAUGAAGAUCUAUGCACAACAACACAUGAUCGCCGAAAAGGACAAGGAAGGGCUGGUUAUCAUCCUGAUUGCUAUCGUCAUUAUUGCAAUGUGACUACCAUUAAGAGAGCCCAGGACAAGGCAGCAAAACUACAAUUGUCAAAAGAAGAUGAAGACGUACCAGAAAGUCAUCAGGGGACAUCAGACGGGAUGGAAUCAGAGCCAAAACGUCUCUUAAGGUCUGAUGCAAGGAAAAGUUCGUGUCGAGGGAGGCCUCAUGUGCUACCUGUCGAGUGUAUAAUUUGUAAGAACAAUAAGUAUGUACGAGAAAGCUAUUCGCGCAAAAGGAAAGUAGAAAGACUAGUUAGAUGUGAAACACUUACAGGGGGGCAGCUUUUAAAAGCAGCUGAAAUUCGUAAAGAUGAGCAUAUGCUCCUUCAAAUCAGGGAAAAGGAUCUUGUGGCUCUUGAGGUCCGUUAUCACAGGUCAUGUUAUUUGUCUUACUGUAAAGUAGUGAAGCCAAGGAUAGAAAAUAAUUUGCCAUUCAAACAAAUCUACGAACUGUCAUAUAGUAGGUUCUGUCAGGAUAUAAUUGAACAGAGGAUAAUACGUGGGCAGGAAAUCCUACGCCUUACAAAGCUAUUGAAGCUUUUUGUGAAGACAGUCAAAGAAGUAGAAGGACUAGAAGCAGGUAGCUACAAAAGUGCCAACUUGAAAAGAAGAUUGAAGGAGUCUUACCCUGUACUGUGCUUUAGUAGACCUUCACGGCAGUAUGAAAGCGAAAUUGUAUUUGUGGAGAGCCUUCAUGUAGAAGAUGUCAUUGAGUCAGCUGUAGCAGACGUCUCUAGUGAGGAAAGCCAGAGCGAGAGUGAUGGUAGUAUGCGCCCAACUAAAGUUCGCUCUGAUCAGCAAAUUCUGAGAAGUUUGUAUACGGCUGCCGGAAUAAUCAAGAAUGCACUAGAGGGGGUGGACUUGAAGACAACCUGGCCUCCAACAUCAGACUACUUGACUAUUGAACAGAGUAAGAGGCUUGUUCCUUGGCAGCUAUUCAAUUUCUUAGCAUGGAUGUCGGGAGUCAAUCAAGAGCCAAAAGAAGAUAUGGUAGAAGUGUCACAUGAUGAUGAACGGAAGAUUCUCUCUCUAGCGCAAGACAUCAUGUACCUGAAGACAAAAGGGAGAUGUGUGUUACCAAAGCACAACGCUCUUGGAAUGGCAGUACGACAUCUUACAGGCUCAGCCAAACUCAUUGGGAUUCUAAAUGGGCUUGGCCAUAGCGUGUCAAGGCCAGUGGUCCUCGAGCAUGACACUGCCCUUGCUAAACGGCAACUUGCAUUGGGUCAUGCAAUACUUCCGGACGGUAUUCAGCCCAUCUUCACCACUCUUGUGUAUGAUAAUAAUGAUUUCGGAGAAGAAACCAUAAGUGGGAAGGGUACAACUCACAACACCAACGGUAUUAUUAUCCAGCACCCAUCCAGCCAACCAAACAAUGAACAGCCUAAAGUAGCCGUACCAAAGGCGAGGAAGAUCACUUUUGAGGUCCCUCCACAAGAGCUCAUGACCUACUUUGGACGUAGGAAAAUUGGUCCUAAACCAUUUGACAGAAUUGGCCUAGAUUGCAAGGUGUACCAGAAUGCACAGAAGAACGCAAGAGAUGUGGACGUAGCAUGCAGGUUGUUGAAGACAGUUGAGUUGGGUGAAAAAUUGUUCCCAGGAUGGACCGGGAUGAAUGUCAUGCUGAGUAAACCUGUUUCGCUUCAGUCUACAGUCCGCUACCUUCCAAUAAUUGAUGCGAGUCCAACAGAAUUCGACACAGUCAACACAAUCCUUGCUCAUACCUUGUCGAUAGCAGACGCCCUCAAGCAAGAAGCAGUUGUUCUUGUUUUUGACCAAGCCAUCUACUCGAAGGCUCAGCAGAUACGAUGGGCUAACGACCUUUAUCACAAGAGGAUAAUCAUUCGCUUGGGGGCAUUUCACACUGCCUUAUCAAUGCUUGCCUGUGUUGGAAAGCGGUUUGGAGAUGCUGGUCUGGAGAACCUAAUGAUCGAGUCAAAUAUUGUAGCCCAAGGUUCCAUUAAUGGAGUUCUCAGUGGACACCAUUACAAUCGAAGCAUCCGAGCUCACAAGUGCAUCGUUGAAGCCUUGGAACGUUUACGUUGGCAAGCCUAUAUGAACUCCCUAUCAGAUGUGGAGUAUGCAUCUACAUAUGAGAUCCUUUCCAAGCUUCAGUCAGAUUUUCCAACAUUUUCUUUCACAGAGUUUGUACAAGGAGAGGAUUAUCAGGCUAUGGUAUCUUCCUAUCGUUCUUUUGUCGAACAGCGUUCUGCACAAGAUCCAACAUUUGCUCUCUGGUCCAGCUAUAUAGAGAUGGUGGAAGUCAUCCUUCUGUUUCUACGUGGGACAAGGCAAGGAGAUUGGCAAUUACAUCUAUCUUCUAUUCGCAGCUUCCUUCCCUGGUUUUUCGCAUAUGAUCGCACAAAUUAUGCAAGAUACCUUCCUGUCUAUUGGCAUGAGAUGAAUGAGCUGCCCAACAGCCAUCCACUAAUUCAUGAGGCUUUCAUGGAAGGGAAGUUUGUUGUCCAUCGGCAGACCGACCACGGAUUUUGUGGUGUGGCUUGUGAUCAGACUAUAGAGCAAACUUGCAACAGGGACACAAAAACUAAAGGUGGUAUGAUAGGAUUUACAAGAAACAAAGGUGCAGUUGCUCGUUGGAUUCUCUCUCAACAGGAAAGGAGUGCUAUCAGCAAGCAGUGUGAAAAGAUGGCUGGAAAGGAUGACACAUCUGCCGUCAAAAAGGAUCUUCUGUUGGCAAACAUGGAGAAAUUUGAGAGAGAUGUACGUGCUGUCGUUGAAACAGUAGAGUCCAUGAUCAAUCCCUUCCAGGAAAAUAAUGAAGAACUCCUUCAUAUAGCAUCAGGAACUAUAGCUUCUAGUGAAGUAUGCAAGGAUUACACAGAAGCCUAUGCAAGUGGUGAUGAAGCAUUCAAGGCUUUCUCAGAAGAAUGUCUCCAGGGAGAUGAAGACCUCUUCAGAGUGAUAAAAAAGCAGAAAAGGAAGACUUUUGCCACAAUGAGUAAGUCUUCCACAACCAAAGUGAAGGGGAAAGAGAUUACCAUCAAAGCAGAUCGUAGCCUUUUCCAACGACUGGUAAUUAUUGCAGGAGCUAGAAAACUAGAUAUUCAAAAUAUGAUGACAUAUAAUCUAGGUCCUCUCCCACUUGCUCUAGCAACGGUUGAUGGUUCAUUGACCAAGACUACAAAGGCAUCUCUACUUCAUGCCAUAGAAUCUAGUGUGGAGCCUGCUCCCCUAGUAGAAGGAAUUCCGCUUAACAGUGUUUGGGUAAUUGAUGGAAUGGCGAUGCUACAAGAAAUACCUCAGAAGGCUGUGCCAUCUACUUUUGGUGAACUAUCAAGAUAUGUAAUUCAACAGCUUGUUCGCCUUGCACACAGUGCCCGUAGUGAUACUAUACACUUUGUAGUUGACACGUAUCGAUCCAUCAGUAUCAAGGCGGCAGAGAGAGGAAGAAGAGCUGCAAGCGGAAGUCAGCUCACAAAGAUCUACGGUAUGGAGCAGAAAGUACCAAACCAGUGGAAGAAAUUUCUUUCAUCUAGUCAAAACAAAGAGGCUUUGAUCCGCUUCCUAUUCCAGACAUGGCAAGAGAAUCCGAAUCUGCUUCAAGAUGUCAAAGUCAUCAUGGCUCAUGAUGAAAGCUGUCAUUUGCUCCAGAAUUUAGAUGGGGUACUAAAGAUUGAAGCCCUGAGUCAGCUUCAUUGUAAUCAUGAGGAAGCAGAUACCAGGCUCUUUCUGCAUUGUCAGUAUGCUGCUGCAUGUCUGCCUUCAUCUUCGACCACUUCACCAGCAGUCAUCAUUAAGAGCCCAGACACAGAUGUGUUUAUUAUCGGGGUUGCAAAGGCACAUGAAAUUCAGGCCCAGCUACUUUUCCAUACUGGUAGGGGCAAUAACAAACGUACAGUCAACCUGACAGCUAUAAGAUCUCAUCUCGGGGAUAGUGUUGCAAAUGCUCUCAUCGGCCUCCACUGCUUUUCAGGAUGUGAUUCUACGAGUUGCUUCUAUGGAAGGUCAAAGAAAAAGGCACUGAAGCUGAUGACCUCAUCUAAUGAUUUCCUGUCAGCCUUCCAGAUGUUUGGGACUUCAUUUGCCCUAGAGGAAGGUGUGCUUAAGACAGUUGAGAAGUUUGUUUGCAAACUGUAUGAUCAGGAUUGUUCCAGUGUUAAUACAGCUAGAUACAACAAAUUCUUAAUGGGCACAAAGACAGAAAUGAAUAUGCCCCCUACUCAUGAUGCACUAGUAAAGCACACUAUGAGAGCUAACUAUCAAUCUGCAAUACAUAUUAGAUGCUUUGAACAAUUUCCUGUUAUUCCAAGUCCACACAACCAUGGAUGGAAGGUAAUAGAUUCCAACAUAGAAAUAGUUUGGGGUGACCUUCCUCCUGCACCAAGUACCCUCCUCGAGCUAACCUAUUGCAGUUGCAAGAAGACCGGUUGUGAAGAACCCAAAACUCAUGGAAAGGGCAGAUGUUCAUGUCGUCAGCAUGGAGUCGCAUGCACUGAUCUAUGCAGAUGUAUUAAUUGUCAAAAUUCAGCUCAAAGAGGUCCCAUAAUGGAUGAGGACGAUACAGACAAUGAAGAUGAAGAUUAGAGGUGCUUAAAUUACAAAUGCUUGAAUGUUGCUCAUCAUACAUUUACACCACAUAAAAUAAAUCAAUAUUAAUCUGUAUUUGUCAGAAUUCAUUUCACCUUUACCAUUGUAAAGUUUCAUUAACCUUAAAAUGAGUGUGGUCAGACAGUGCCUAUAUAAUAGAAAACAUCCAAUCACACUUUGUUUUAAUGAAAUAAGCAGAAACAAUGACAGUCUCAAAUAAAUAAUUUUAUUUUGAAAUUAGAAUGCAUCAACAUACACUUACAUGUAUUUGCCAUACAACAGGCCUGCAUACAAACAUUGUGAUUAAAUGAACACCUAUUUCAUAUUCCUGGCUCUGAAUAAUUACUGGCAACAUACUAAAAGAGUUUUCUCUUUUUCAGUACUUAAUGGGUCAUAGGCUUUUUUCCAAUGUAUUCAAAGAUGCAUGGACCAUAGUACCAAUCUUAUUACUUUCUUAAAAGUCAUAUUUCUAAGGCAUGAAUGAUUUUUUUUUACCAUAAAUGAGGACUUUGUUCUUUUCUUGAUUUGCUUAUUUUGCAAAGAGACAUGCUUAGGUGCCAAUGUGCACACUGUAAAUUAAUACAUUAAUCUAAAAUUAUGGAUUUCUUGUGCAGCGUAUGUGUUUCCAGUUUUAUUAUCGAAGUAUCCAAAUUACCUUUGUACUGCAAGAUUUCAGACUUGGUAAGGGAGUCUUAUAUCCCAAAGUUUAUCACUAAUACCUUUGGAUGCUACUCUGAAUCAAUUGUUUUAUUAGAAUUUCUUAUUCAUUGUAAUUUGUAUAUUCAGCUUCUUGUGUACAUCUAUCCGAGUCUUUAUAAUUUUUUCUUCUACUCUGAGAAAAUGUCCUUACCUGCAAAAUACUUAUUGAACUAAAUCCAUACUAGUCCAUUCCACUCGUAGAUCAGCUUUCUAUCUGAAGUACUUGAUAAUCCAUGAUACAGCUAGAUGUUCCUUCCUAAGGUGUUAAUUGAUCAACUUUUUAUUGUUAGAUUGGGGGAAAAUAUUUAUCUUUAUACCCUUUUCAAUUAAUUGAGAAAAAAUGUAAAAGGAUAAGUCAGAUGGAUUAUAAUUUGAAAAUGUAACGAGAGAGUUGGGAAUAUUUAUGACUUUUUUAAAAUUUCAUUAUGUCAAUUUAGAAGGUACAGUGUAUAUGUUAAUGGCUUUAAAGUUUUAUUCAGGAGUGGCACAACAUAUGGCAUGGAGAAAGAAGGAAAAUUUUCAGAUUUGUUCCCUCUUUCUGAUUGAAUAUGGUAAUUGCCAGCAUGCAGGAUAACAAGUUAAUUGAAAAUGUCUACUAGUCUAUCUCUUGUUUGUAUAAAACUUUAUGUCCUUAAUGAUAAAAAAUAGUCGUGGUUGACAGUUAAAUUUAUCAAUGUUCAUCGCACUUCUGUAACGUUCAUUAUCAAUUUUUUCUUUUAUGAUGCCAAUAUUUUCAAGUGUCUUUGUAUCAGCCAAGGUAAAUCCAUUAUCAUGUAACAAGAUAUAAUGUAUAUUGGUUGUUCUAUUGCGUAUAACUUACGAAAAUGCUUUAAACAUUAACAAGAUGAUAUGUUAACUGAUACACUCCUUUAACCAUGAUACUUGAAUAAGAAAUGUUAAUAUCAGUGUUUACUGCUGUUGAAUUAUGGUCUUCAGAUAUAACCUUCAAAGAAAUUUGUAAAUUUAUUUGGGGAUUUUGACUAUUGUAUAUAGUAAUAAGCAGUAUGCUAUAAGGUAUUGUUAUGCAACAACAAUGAUACUUCUUACUUUAAUAAGAAAUUUUAGUAUCAGUGUUAACUGCUGUUGAGUUAAGGUCUUCAGAUAUAACCUUGAAACAAACUUGGAAAUUUAUUUUGGAAUUUUGACUGUGAUACAUGUAACUUAGCAGUAUGGUAUAAUAUUUUGUUUUGCUACAAAAUUUCUUUUAUUUCCUUCAAUGAAGGUGGUGGAAAAUGUGAAAAUUACUGUAUUACAUGAAUUUUUGUAACAUGCAUGCAAGGACCAUAGUUUAUCAAUAUUAUAUACAUCUUGAAUAUGA